UUAAAAGUUCCCAACUUUGACACAACACGUCGAGUUUCCUUGUCUUACUCACUAAUUUUCAUAGAGCUCUAUCUCUUUCUUGCGAAUCAUAUGAUAGUUGCAUUAGUGUUUCUAUUGUGACGGUUAAUAAUAUGUGGGAGGCUGGGAGAAUAAAUUGAGGUUAUAAAUUGAAUCUGGAAAUAAAAAUAAUUUAAUAAUAGAAUAUGAACGAGCUUUGCUGUAAUCUGUGAAUAAGAUUUAGUUCAAAAUGGCAUUACUGGGUGCCCAACUAGUUAUAACACUGGUAAUGGUGUCAGUGAUACAGAAACUGGGAAGUAAUUACUCGUUAGCCAAAUGGCUGCUCUGUUCGCGAGGGUUGUACCGGUAUUUGUACCCAGAUAACAGUGAAUUGAAGACAUUGGCAGGGGUGCCUAAAGAAAAGCCGAAAGGUAAAAAGGGCGGCAAAAGUGAAUCGAAUGGGAAGCCAGAAACGUUUCACGUGCCCCGCAGCCUCGAGAUUCAGCUGGAGACGGCCCCGGUGACGCUGCUGGAUGUUCAAUACUUGAGGUUUUAUCCUGAAUAUCUAUGGAUAGUUGAUUUCUCACUUUACACUGCUAUUGUGUAUAUCAUGUCAGAGAUGUAUACUUCAGUAUUUCCACUGAAGGAUGAAUUCAACCUGAGCAUGGUUUGGUGCCUUCUGGUGGUGCUGUUUUCAUUAAAGGUCCUUUUGUCCCUCACAAAGCAAUACUUCACAAGCGAAGAGUCCAUCGGUGAGCGGUCCACGUGCAUCGUGGCCUUCUGCGUCUUCCUGCUGAUAGCAAUGAUUGUGCUGAUCAUUGAUGACUCCAAUCUGGAGGUUGGAGUGGACCCAGCAUAUGACAGCUUCUUCGAAAAUGCCUCAAAGUUCUUGGAGAACCAGGGACUGUCAUCUGUGGGUCCAGCUUCAAAGUUGAUAAUAAAGUUGUCCCUGGCUGUGUGGGCGGCAAUAGUUGGCACUCUCUUCACAUUCCCUGGACUGAGAGUGGCUCGGAUGCACUGGGACUCACUGAGAUACUACGGCGACAGCAAAGUGAAAGCCCUGCUAUUAAAUAUCAAUUUCGCGAUGCCAUUCGUACUAACGCUGCUGUGGAUCCGUCCUGUCACGAAGUACUACCUAACCGUUAGAAUAUUUAGUGGAAUGGAGAAACCCAUUAUGACAGCAGACGCGUUCGACACCGGCCGCCUGGCUCUCCUAGCAGCCACGGUGGCGCUGCGAGUGGCUCUCAUGCCGCGCCAGCUGCAAGCCUACCUGGACAUGGCGCAGCGCCGCCUGGACGCCGUGCGCAAGGAGGCUGGGAGGAUCACCAACAUCGACCUGCAGAAGAAGGUGGCCUCAGUAUUCUACUACCUCUGCGUGGUAGCUCUCCAGUACGUCUGCCCGCUCGUCAUGAGCCUGUACCUCGCGCUCAUGUACAAGACGCUCGGCGGCUACUCCUGGGCCGCCGUGUUCUAUGACACUGUACGGAACGAGACUGAAAGCGUGGUUGUACCAGAUGUAGGAGCGACGGAACAGUACCAGCUGGCGUGGGAGAAUCUUAAGAUGGAACUGGAAAGUCCUUAA